UUAUAAGCUACUUCUAGACGUUAGUUACUCGGUUACCUCUACCUCUUGCUCUGCGAUUAAUUUCUCUCUCCCUGGUUAACUAGCUAAUCAUCUCAGGUCAGCUUAUAUCUAGCGUGCACAUUGUAAAACUUCACCAUGUAUCCUGGUGGUUACACUGCUGAGGUUACAAGCUUAUCUCCUAAAGCAGAAGAGAAGGAUGUGUACGAAUUUUUUUCUCACUGUGGUGCUAUUGAGCAUGUUGAAAUCAUCAGAUCUGGUGAAUAUGCUUGUACUGCAUACGUAACAUUUAAAGAUGCCUACGGUCUUCAAACUGCUAUCCUGCUCAGUGGAGCCACCAUUGUAGAUCAACGUGUUUGCAUAACACACUGGGGAACUUUUGUGGAUGAAUUUGAUGCUUGGGGCAGUUCAUCAAAGGAUGAAGGAAACACCAGCUCAGCGGGAAUUCCCUUCAACCAGUUUGUUUCUACUCCUGGAGAAGCAGUAACUGUUGCUCAGGAAGUUGUUAAAACAAUGUUAUCCAAGGGAUACAUUUUGGGAAAAGAUGCAAUGGUCAAGGCCAAAGCUUUUGACGAAUCUCAUCAAGUCUUGGCUACCGCAGCUGCCAAGGUGUCAGAGCUAAGCAAUAGAAUCGGGCUCGCUGACAAGAUUUUUGCAGGAAUGGAAACUGUGAAAUGUGUGGAUGAGAAGUACCAUGUUUCAGAAUUCACCAUAUCAGCUGCUAAUGCUGUAGUCAACAGCCCCUACUUUGCUAAGGGAGCUCUUUGGGUUUCUGGUGUUUUGACACAGGCAGCCGAAGCUGCAGCUGAUUUGGGCAAGAAGGCUAGCACAUGAGUGAGGUUUUUCUUUCAAACAGCAGCAAGGGUCUUUUACUUCUGUUCUUGUAUAAAAAUAAAUAUAAGUCUUUUUAGAUUCAGCUACUCUUACACGGAUUAGCUUCUAAUGCUUUAACGAAUAGCAGCUACUAUGCGAAGGGAGUACUUUGUGUUCUUGGCCCUAUUGACAUGUGAAGCUUAGAAGUUGUUUUUUAGCUACUAUGCUAAGGGAGCAGUAUGUGUUUUUGGCCUUUUGACAUGUGAAGCUUAAAAGUUGUAUUUUAGCUACUGGAGUUCAAUGCCCAGGACUUUGCGCAGUUCUGGACAUAAGGCUCAAGAUACAUCUAAUGGAUCAUUGAUGUCUAUACCU